AUCUUUUUUUUUUAAUUUUUUGGUUUCACUUCUCAUGAGAACAAUUACAAAAAUCUCUGGCUUUCCCCUUAUCUAAGAGAGAAAACCCAUUUGGGUGCUCAGAAAAUCUCGUGGAGGAGUUGAAGAAUCCAUGGAUUUGCAGAGAAUUCGGAGGAGAUUUUUGGUCUCAGUUCUGAUGCUACUGGUUUAUGCUUCUUGUUCGGUGAAAGCUGGGGAUAUUGUGCACGACGAUGACAAAGCUCCCAAGAAGCCCGGUUGUGAGAACGACUUCGUUUUGGUGAAAGUGCAAACUUGGAUUGAUGGGGUGGAGUCCAGUGAACUUGUUGGUGUUGGUGCUAGAUUUGGCACCGCCAUUGUGUCAAAGGAAAAGAAUGCAAACCAAACUCGCCUUACGCUUUCGGACCCUCGUGAUUGUUGCAGUAAGCCAAAGAAAAAGCUUGCUGGAGAUGUCAUCAUGGUAGAUCGAGGUAAAUGCAAAUUCACAACUAAGGCAAAUGUUGCAGAAGCGGCUGGUGCUUCAGCCAUGCUCAUUAUAAACAAUCAGAAAGAACUUUACAAGAUGGUUUGUGAUCCAGAUGAAACUGAUUUGGAUAUACACAUACCAUCUGUCAUGCUGCCGCAAGAAGCUGGUGUGAGCUUGGAAAAAAUGCUAAUGAACAGUUCAUCGGCAGUGUUUGUGCAAUUGUACUCUCCACGACGUCCUGUAGUCGACAUUGCAGAAGUAUUUUUAUGGCUGAUGGCAGUUGGUACCAUCUUAUGUGCAUCUUAUUGGUCUGCAUGGAGCGCCAGAGAAGCAGCUAUUGAACAUGACAAGCUAUUAAAGGAUGGUGCUGACGACAUUCCAAGUGACAAAGCUGUGGGUGCAGCCACAGGUGGUGUAGUAGACAUCAGCACAAUGUCAGCGGUGUUUUUUGUUGUUAUUGCUUCAUGCUUUUUGGUCAUUCUCUACAAGCUAAUGUCACUCUGGCUGGUUGAGAUUUUGGUUGUCCUUUUCUGCAUAGGUGGCAUAGAGGGUUUGCAAACUUGCUUGGUUGCUUUGUUAUCUAGGUGGUUCAAACAUACUGCAGAAUCAUACGUUAAAGUGCCCAUCUUGGGAGCCGUCUCAUACCUUACAUUGGCUGUUUCUCCAUUCUGUAUAGCAUUUUCUGUUCUCUGGGCAGCUUUUCGCGACAUCUCCUUCGCUUGGAUAGGUCAAGAUAUCCUUGGCAUUGCGCUGAUCAUCACGGUUCUUCAAAUUGUCCGUAUACCUAAUCUCAAGGUUGGUACAGUUCUUCUCAGUUGUGCCUUCUUGUACGACAUCUUUUGGGUGUUUGUUUCCAAAAGAUUGUUCCAUGAAAGUGUGAUGAUUGUGGUGGCUCGUGGUGACAAUAGUGGAGAGGAUGGUAUUCCAAUGCUACUAAAAAUCCCACGCAUGUUCGAUCCAUGGGGCGGUUACAGUAUCAUAGGAUUUGGCGACAUCCUACUACCAGGACUGGUUGUGGCAUUUUCACUUAGGUAUGAUUGGCUGGCAAAUAAGACUCUCCGAGCCGGUUACUUCUUCUGGGCAAUGUUUGCCUACGGAUUCGGUCUUCUCAUUACAUAUGUGGCAUUGAACUUAAUGGACGGCCAUGGCCAACCGGCGCUGCUUUACAUCGUUCCCUUCACGCUCGGAACCUUUCUGACUUUGGGAAAGAAGAGAGGUGACCUUGGGACUUUGUGGAGUAAGGGUGAACCGGAGAGACCUUGCCCCCAUGUCCGACUCCAAGAGUGUCAAGAAUUGGAAGAGGACAAGUAGGAGAGCUUCUUAGCUGUAUAAUAUUAUAGGUUUUGUUGGUAUUUAUCCUAUUGCUUAGUGUUGGGAAAUAUAUUGUGAAGCAAUUCUCUCUCAAGCACACUAUUGCAUGACAAGCAAAAGGGUUUAUGAAAGCUCGUUGCCCUUGAAAGUUGUACCGAGCUUAUGAAUUAGUUAAUGUUAGUUUUGCCUCACAACUUCUCUUGGAAAUUCCUUAUUUUUGGAAUCCCUAAAAAAGCAAGGAAAAAAAAGUGUGUGAAGUUGAUUAUCUAAA